AUGGAGGAAGAACGUGCUACUCUGGAGAAGAAAUACCACUUUUGGGAGAGUGAGGUGGAGCUGGUAAGGAAGAAGACCCUUGCUCCAGACGGAAAGAAGUUUCGCUAUUUUGAUGACAAGGGAAUCUUCAACUUUGUCUUUAUGGCAUGGAUGUCCAAAUGGGUUAAAGCAACUGCCAAGGACUACUUUGAUCCCUACAGGAUUCACCCACUUCCACUGGCCGACCAGAUUCUCAAGUGGCAACCAAUUUUCUCAAAACACGUUAGUGAUGGUAUAGCCAGCCUGGAAGCAUUUGAAUACAUGGGUAAGGAUGGGCGAAAGAAAGCCCCCAAACCCGUAAAGUACAUUCUUUGCAGAGCCAUCUUUCUUCACAAGUUGCUUGGCCUAUUGUCUGAUAAAAAGUUCAAGCUCAUUACACUACUCUCUCUGGCGUUUUCUAUCAUCGCUAUUGAGUUAUUUAAGGAAAUUUGCAUGGACCACAUCAACUACUACGUGCAAAGACUCUCAUUUAUAAUGGAUUCAGCUGUCCGUCUCACAGUAUUUCAACAUGGACUCUGUUAUAGACGCGGUAACUUUACUAAUCUUCACUCCAGAGAGGAUUAUUGUAAGAGCAUUAUUCACGGGUGUUCCAGAGAGGAGGUAUGCGCGGAUAAUCCAUUAUUGUGUCCAGUAAGGAGAUACAAGAAUAGCGAUGUUACUCCUAAAAUAUACGCUUUAACUCUGAACGAUCCAUUCUACAUCUCACUGUUUGUAGAGUGUAUCUCUGGAUUUAUAGAGUUUCUUACAGCCUUCAUUUACGGUAUCAUCUUAAUGAGUAGUCAGUUUAAUGUUAAAGCGCUCACUAUCCUUAUCAUGUCACUUUCCUUAGUUGUUUGCAUGUUCAUUGUUGAGAUCUUGAAUGGGUUCCUCCUAAAGUAUUAUUUUGGAGUGAGGGAUUACAGAAUUACAAAAACUUUUGAAGUCAUAUCUAAUCUUCCCUUGAUCCAGAAAAUGUCACUGGAUGAUACUGGUCACAAUACUAUAACAGAAACCAGGGAUGAUGAACUACUUCUCGUCAUCAUCCGUUUCUUUCUGUCUUUACUGAGCAAGGUUAUAUUUACAGCGAUCACCUGUUUAGACGUUAUCAUUUUGGUUACUGACUUUGUUUCUCAAGUUAAAGAUGCCACAAAUGUUGAGAGUAUUGACCCUUCGGGACUCUUGGCAUCCAUCUUUGUUAUUAUGAAGAUUCUUGGUCCACUAUAUAUGGUUCCCAUUCACCUGAGACUUAUGCUAUUCGGGAUCAAUGCAUUCAAAAGAGUAGAAGCCUUCUUGAGAACGUGUUCUCCAAACUUUUAUUUACAGGAUAACAAGUUUACAGGGAAUGCUACUCUACCAGAGAUUGGGCCAGGUAAGGAUAAGAGCAUACCCAAAGGACUUAUGGUGAUGUUCAAGCAGGCCUCUUUUGCAUGGGUCAACAGUAGAAAGGAUCUUCUUGACAACACGGGUACUACUUGUCUGAGAGACCUUGACUUUGUCCUAAACACUGGUGACCUUGCCAUCAUUACUGGUGCUCAAGGUUCUGGUAAGAGUAACUUUAUCAAGGCUAUCCUUGGUGACAUGACUCUUGUUGAAGGAUCAAUGGCUGCACUGCCUCUCUCUACCAACAUGCCAAUAUUUUAUGCCUCUCAGGAUGUAUGGCUACAAAAGGGUACCAUCAGGGCUAACAUUACCUUUGGUCACAGAUUUGAUGAGGAUAUCUACAAGACAGUCAUCAAGACAGUUGAACUUGAACAUGACAUAUCGACUUGGGAAGGAGGUGAUAUGCGUAAGAUCUCUGAACAUGGCUACUCCCUCAGUGGAGGUCAGAGAGUCAGAGUUUGA